AUGGAUUCGAUUGUAGAAAAACAGAAAGAUCCUUGCUUGAUGAAAACCCAUUUCCUAAAACCCUAUGUAACUUCCAUUGAUGGUCCUGUAGCCGAGCUUCCUCGUCACCAUCACUCUGUUUCUUCAUCAGAUCUAGAAGACUUGUUUUCUAGGAUCUCCUUCACUGGGUUUUGGUUUGCAGAUGGUAAUUUCAGAUCAUGGGCUAAAAAGAUGGAAGCUUUACACGAACCCACUUGGAGAAAAGCUGGGAUUUUUGAGGCAAUCAAGACCUCCACAUACAAAAUCGUUGAAGACCAGUCUCUGAUUUCAGCUCUUGUUGAGAAAUGGUGUCCUGAGACGAAAUCAUUCGUCUUCCCUUGGGGUGAAGCAACCAUAACGUUAGAGGAUGUAAUGGUGAUUCUAGGGUUUUCCGUUUUGGGUUCUCCAGUUUUUGCUCCUUUGGAAAGCUCAGAGACGAGAGACUCUGUAGAGAAACUGGAGAAAGCAAGGGUAGAGAUCCUAGAGAAUAUGAGGGAUAAGAGUGGGCGGCGAGUGAGUCAAGUACAGUGGAUGUUGAGUUUCAGAGACAGUGAUGAUACAAUGGAGGAGCAUGAAGCUUUUCUUGCAAUGUGGCUUUCUCAUUUCGUCUUUCCACAAAGGUCUCGUCGCUCUGUUUCGAAAAUUGUUCUUCCUAUCGCUGUUCGUUUAGCUAGAGGUGAAAGGAUUGCUCUUGCGGCUCCUGUUCUUGCAAGUGUAUACAGAGAUUUAGGUCAAAUUCAAGCUUUUGCUAGAGAUGAUAAGUCUACUAAAAGUCUUGUUCUCAGAUCACUGUUUAAGUUGGUCCAAGUUUGGGCAUGGGAGAGGUUUAGAGGCAUUAGACCGGAAGCUAGAGAGAUUAGUAAAGGUGAACCAAGAAUUGCUCAAUGGAGCUGUUUAAAUAAAAAUGAUAAGAAGAAUGAGAAGAGUUUGAGUUUUGAUGGUUUUGAUUGGCGGCCAUACACUAAACCUUUAGAGAAUUGGAACCCUCCUCGGUUUUACCUUGAAGAGGCUACGUGGAUGACUGUUGAUGACGAUGUUGAUGAUGAGUUUCUUUCGUUUGCUCGUUGUGUGAGGAGUUAA